AUGGCGGAAGUCGCUGGAUUGAAAUCGAUUGGGGCAGUUGAUGACCUGGAGCAGCCGCCGGAGGACUUGCGAGAAGUACUGGAAAAGAUGUUUACCGAGGAAGCUAUGAGCAGAAAUACAAUCAAGAUGGUGGAGGGUUUGUUGAGGGAUGGCUUUGGGAGUGUUGGCUUGGAGAUUGCGGCCGAGGUUGAGGAGACCAAUGAGGUUCCCAGGGUGGUCACUGGCACUGCUGUGAUGGAGUACUACAUCAAUGCCACCGGAGACAGGACCAAGGACGCUCGUAGAGUGUUUAAGCACAUGUCGGCUUCAGGGGUGGAGCCGAAUGCCUACACAUAUGGCAUUAUCAUCAAGGCUCUUCCUGCUGCUGACCUCAAGAAGAACCCCAAUUUUGUUGGCUAUGCUAAGAAGUACGUUGUGGAGAUGUUGGGCAGGGGAAUGCAGCCAAAUGAGGAGACUUAUGAGGCUGUGUUGGAUGGUAUUGGCCGCGGUGAGAACAAGGCUGAAGCUGAGGAGGAGCGCAGGGUGUUUGUGGGGAAAGUGAAAGCAAAGGGAUUUAUGCUGUUGCUCCAGAAGGAGGCUGAGGAGAUGGUUAAUCCUGCACCACUGAAGUGCGAGAUGGAUAUGCUUAAGGAACAUGUGAUGAACUUGUUUGAGGAUGUCAGCAGAGCCUUUGAAGACAAGAACGAGAGAAAGAGAGUCAGACAGAUGGCGGAGGACUAUGACUCACUGAGCUCAACUGCAUUUACUUUUUAUGAAGCUUUGGUAAGUAGGGGGAUCAAUGAGGAAGCCAAUGAGCUCUUUAAGCCUCUGUUGGAGACAGCCAUACUGCCUGACGAGGCUGUCUUUCUCAUUGUCAUCCUUCUUAGCGAGACCACAAGUGAUGCUCUGAAGGUGUAUGAGCAUAUGUUAGCUUAUGGGAUCACCCCAAGCUCCUGCACUUACAGUGUACUCAUCGCAAAACUUUCUCUUGAUUCCAAUUUCAUUGGGGGUAUGAAGCCCUGUUUGAAUACCAGCUUGGCUUUGUUCAAUGGCAUUGCUUGCUUCGAGUCAUUGGAGAAUAGCAAAGAGUUUUAUGAGCAGGUAAAGCCUAAAGGGGUCUUGCCUGAUGCUGGUGAAGGGACUGAAGGCCGUUUCACUGAGCUAAUGAAGUCAUUUCAGUCGUAUGCCGAUCUCGAGAAGAGAACCAUCGACAAAGAUAUUCAAGAAGUUAUCAGUGAGUUCUCAGAAGAAGGUUUCGGGAAACAUGCAGCGAAAAUCUUCUGUGCUAUGGUAGAAGAUGGCAAUGUCAGCGAGGCAAUGGAUCUCUUUCAAUCGACACCUGAGACUCGCAUCAAUCCCAUGGUCAUAGUCUACACUACUGUUAUUGAAGCAUACAUCAAACGUAACAAGAACAAGGAUGCUCUCCAGACCUACCUGAACAUGUUAGCUGCUGGACUUGCUCCUAAUUUGUACAUUUACAGUGUUUUGAUCAAGGGACUCGCUGUUGAUGCCGACUUCUUUGGAGAUGCCAAGAAGUAUUUGAUUGAGAUGCUGGACAAGGGCAUGCAUCCAAAUGCUGGUACCUACACUGCAGUGUUAGAGGGUUUUGGAAGGCAGGAGAACAAGAAAGCAGAGGAAGAGGGAAAAGAGUUUCUGGAGGUCAUGAUGGCUAAGGGGUUCGUCCCUGACACCGAGGCUGUGAGGGAGGUGUUAAAGGGCAGACCAACACCUGUAAUUAGCAGGGUCAUGAGUAUUAUCCUUUCUAAGUUUCAGUAG